UAUUUUUCGUGAAAUAAACAUUUAAAUGAGGACAUGAAAUAUUUUUCUCUGUUUAUUAAAAUCCUGUAAAAAAAUGAGCAAAUAAAUUUUUGAAUUUUAAUUAUUACUUUAAGAACACUCUAGUGUUUGGUAUUUCUUUUUGAGAUGUGUGGAACAUUCGCAGUUAUCAGCAGUUAAUUUUCCUUAAAUAUGUAAAUUAUAGUUCACUGCAAAAUUUUGGUUUACUUGUGAUAAAUUAAUAUAUAACGAAAAUACGUGCACUUGAAAACUAAUAAUUCACUCCUGGACAUGGGACACUCAUGAAAUUUUGCGCCUGCAUUUCGUUCUGCCAUUAUUAUAUACAUAGCAUCUCUACAUGCUUGCAAGUUGAAAAAAAUGUUAAAAGAGAUUGCAUAUUUCACGACAUUGGAAAAUAAAUUUUACCAAAAACUAUAACAAAUAGUUUUUAUUGGCAAAGGACACGAUUAUGACAAUUUAAAUGAAAUGACCCAUAUAAUUAUUUUCCUAAUCAUUUUUUCAAUUUUAUUUAAUAAAAUAUUUUUUAAUAAAUAUAAAAAAUAAUUUAUAAUAUUUAUUAUGAAAUAAAACUUUAAUUAUAGCUCGAAUGUUGGUUAGCGGAAUGGAUUAUAAUCAAAAUCCUUGUGAAAAUUUUUAUGAUUAUGUUUGUGGUAAUUGGGCCGAAAGAAAUCAGAAACCUGAUUAUUAUUCAGUUUGGAAUUCUGAUGAAAUAACCAAAGACAUUAUGAUUAAUAAAGUUAAAGAUAUUUUGGAAGGUCCAAAUAAUUACGGGAGAUUACUUUCCAUCGAACGGCAGUUUUAUAAUGCUUGCAUGGAUACAGUGAUAUCACCUGCAUUGUUGUUUCCACCCUCUUUUUCCCCAGGAGCACCAUUGGCCUAUAAUUUUGGAAGAUUAGCAUUUAUAUUAGGUCACGAAAUUUCUCAUGCAUUUGAUUUAAAAAGAAUUCAUUCUGAAUACUUACGUUUUCAUCAAAAUCAAACGCAUUUCGAAAAUAUAUUGGAGAACUAUUUACUGUGCAUAGUGAAACGAUUUCAUCAAAUUCACGUAAAUGGUACGACUACAUUGAAUGAAAAUGUUGCUGAUACACAAGGAUUAAAAUUGGCAUUUAAAACAAUGAGACGGCUUAUCGAACGUAAUCCACAUUUAGAAUAUGAGAGAUUACCAAAUCUUUUUGAUUUCGAUACAAGCAAACUGUUUUUUAUAUCCUUUGCAAAUCGAUAUUGUGAAAUUCGUGAUACACCUAAUAAGAAAAGUCAUUCGCCAGCCAAGGCGAGGGUCAUUGGAACUUUACAGAAUAUGAAGGAAUUUGCUAUAGCAUUCAAUUGUCAAGAAGGAGAUUUUAUGAAUCCAAGUGAUAAAUGUGAUUUAUGGUCAAAUAUGUAACUUUUAUAUUUUUGUCAAUAUAAUUAUUGCUAUGUAAAUUGCACAAAAUAUUACAGCUUUUUUGAAAAGAGAAUAAUACAUUUUAUUAUCUUAAAAAUAUAUUACUGUCUUUAACUAUAAAGAAUAUAACGCAAUGCAUAGAACAGACAAUUAUCAAUAAAAGAAAUAUUAAAAAUGUAAAUUAUUACAUAAUGUUAUAUUGAUUUACUGUCGCA